AUGGGGCCACAACACGGAAGCGAGAAGAGCGUGGGCCCGAGGCAGACUCAGCGCGGACCCGAGACGGAGCCCAUCAGCAGGCCCCUUCUCUCAGCUGUCCGUUGGGAGCCCGUGGCCAUGAGAGAACAGAGGAAAGGGAUUGCCAAGGAUGGCUGGGUGUCCCCGAUGAACCACGAUGCGGAACCCAUGUCUCUCCGCUCGGCGCGCAUGUCCGAUGGAACCAACGACGAUGCCGAGUCCACAGCGCGUGCCUGGCCGGUGACCAGACCGGAGAGACGAAAGGGCCUCCGAGCCGUCAUCGCCGAUGCCGAACACCGUCGGUCACCGGUGGCGAGCCGCUGA